AAGACCAGUAAGGAAUUUAAGGAAACAAUGAUUAAUCAUCCAGUCUCAAAUCUCAGGAAAGGCAAAAGAAUCCAGAAACGUCUGGUUCUUGAUGAUUUCCCCAAAUCUGUGGAUUGGAGAAAGAAAGACUAUGUGAAUCCUGUGUGGUAUCAGAGCAGAUGUAGUCCUUGUUGGCCUUUUAGGGCGGUUGGUGCCAUAGAAGGACAGAUGUUCAACAGAACAGGCAAACUGGUCCAGCUAAGUGUACAGAACCUAGUGGACUGCUCUCAACCUCAAGGCAAUGUGGGCUGCCAUGGAGGCACUGUAGUCGGUACCUUCCAGUGUGUGAAGGAUAACGGAGGUCUGGAGUCUGGAGAAACCUAUCCGUAUGAACAAAAGGAACAUGGAGGAUAUGCAAACCAUUCCAUGCAUGAUGCAGAUUCCUCCACUGUGAAACU